AUGAAUGCCCCCUGGGGCCCCAUCAUCCCGAAUCUUGCCAUGGGCCUUGUGCACUUCGGAAUUCCGGGCUCCUUUCAACAUGAAAUCAACACAUUGACCAUCCAGCAUCAAGAUGCCAAAAACUCGACUUCAGGAGGCAUUGGCUCUGGCUACACGGUUCCAGAAGAUGCCGUCGCCAGGGCAGCCUCCGGCCUGCAUCGCUUGCCAUUUCGAUGGGCACGCCACUGGUUGAUCAAUGCUACCACGUCACCCACCCAUGGGUCACGGUUUGCAGGGUCUCCCGAGUUGAGGCCAGGGCCUCAGCAGCCUCGAAAUCAUUGGCCUCCUGUCGUGGCCAGCCAGUCCAACAGCCAGUCCACCGGUAUCCUUCGGCGCUUGGGGGGCACCCGCAUCUUCCUCUGUCGACUCGACUCGACGUGCGGUGUUGGUCAAGUCCACGGUAAACCUCUCAACCCGUCUGCUACUGGAGCCACCUUUUCCUUCCCUUUCUGCUUUCUGGUGAAGUCUUGGGGCUUUAACCGCAACCUUGCCCUUGUACCACAAGUCCUGUGCUUGUUCCAAGUCAAGCCCCAAGCCUCGCCCUCAGUGCACCGAGUUCGCCUUCGCUUUCUCGCUUGCAUCUACGGAAAACGACCAACGCCGCUCUCCGAACCCGCAUACAUCCUCCUGCGCUUGAGCAACCCGGAGGCGCCUGUUCUCGACCAGACCCUCGUUCCUGUUUUUGAUCCCUGCCCGUUGACAGUUUUCCUUGUCCACUCGAGAGCCCAGUCCCAUGGGUCCAACCCGCCCAAAGUGUCCAACAGGGCUCUCUCCGAGAACCACUUGGGCUUGAACACCCCUGCUGCAUCUUUGCAGCUUGGCUCUGUCAUUUUUUGA